AUGUCGGCAACUUCCAAGCAAUCUCACGUUACCGCGUUCCUCAUCUACUUGGUUUUUGUCUCAACCCUAGGACCCCUUCAAUUCGGCUUUCAUCUGGCUGAACUGAAUGCCCCACAAGCUGUCAUUACCUGCGAGAAGAAGAGCAUCACCUCGGCGUCAUUUUCGACACGGCUUCCACAAUGCCUACCAAUGAAUGCAUCACAAUUUGGGCUUGUUUCAUCCAUAUACACAGUUGGCGGUCUUGUUGGGGCUUUGGUUUCGGGACCGUUAGCUACCCGGUCGGGUCGGAUAUUAGCAUUAAGAGUGACUACGGUGUUCUUUGUUGUGGGCUCGGUCGCUGAGGCAUUGUCCCCAAAUAUCGCUAUCUUGAGUAUUGGAAGAUUUCUAAGUGGUGUCGGCGCCGGAGCAUCGAUUGUGGUCGGCCCAAUCUACGUGUCUGAGAUCGCCCCGCCUUCAUCAAGAGGGUUUUUUGGCGCUUUCACUCAAGUCAUGACCAACGUAGGAAUCUUGUUGACCCAGUCUCUUGGGUAUUUCUUCAGCAGAGACAGUUUAUGGAGAAUUAUUCUCGCUGUGGGCGCUGGCCUCGGCUUGGCUGAAUUUCUUGGCCUUUUUUUGGUGCCAGAAACCCCAUCCUGGCUGGUCGAACAUCGACAAGCAGAUAAAGCGCGGCAAGUCCUUCAACGUAUUCGCGGCAAGGAUGCGGACAUUGAAGAAGAGAUUCAAACUUGGAAGACUGGGGCGCCUGAAGGAAAUGGAGUUGAUGAGGAGGAGGAGUCUUUGUUAUCACAGCAUACACAUCAACCCUCACCUCAAGAACCGUCACAAAUCACGAUCUUGACCGUGGCUACCAACCCGAAGUAUCGACCUGCUAUUAUUGCGGUUGUCAUUGUCAUGCUUGCACAACAGUUUACCGGUGUGAAUAGUAUAAUCAUGUACAGUGUCUCGUUGCUUCAAACUACUCUUCCGACAGCCGCUCCGUUGUUGGCGGUCAUUAUCUCUGUCCUAAAUCUUGUCGUCACCCUUGCGUGCUCUCCUUUACCAGACAAGAUCGGUCGAAAGACCUGCCUUUUACUUAGUAUUGGUGGCAUGGGUUCAGCGUCGGUGCUGCUGGCGAUUGGCAUUUCAGUCGGCCAGAAGAUUAUAUCCGCACUAGCAAGUCUACUCUUCGUCGCUAGCUUUGCGGUUGGACUAGGCCCUGUACCCUUCAUUCUUGCUUCUGAACUCGUGGGCUCUGAGGCAGUGGGGGCCCUCCAGAGCUGGGCAUUAUCUGCCAACUGGAUUGCGACAUUUAUAGUUGCUCAAUUCUUCCCCAUUCUCAACGCGGCUCUUGGGGGAAAGGGCCAGAUAUACUGGAUCUUCGCAGCCCUAGCCGGCGUCUUUGGUCUGCUCAUUUAUCUCCGCGUUCCCGAGACGAAGGACAAAUCCUCAUCAGAUGAAGUCUGGGGUCGGGUUGACGAACGACGUAUAGAUUAG